CUCGCCUGAUGUCCUUGGAGAUGCCUCAGGGCUGCGGGGAACGGGGAGGAAGGAAGGAACUCCAGCCCUGGACGUGGUUAUGGGGCAGGGGAGGCUGUGGGUGAGACCCAGACCGGGGUCCCAGGACAUUUGGCCCUUAAUGAGGGCAUAGACUUGGGGAAUUAAGUUGUAUGCGAUCUUAUAAGGAAAGCAUCAGUAAUUCUCAUAAUUUUGGGCCUACUCUCGUGCUGUUCCAAGUAGAUGUUCCAGUGGGUCCGGGCACGUGUAUUGGCGGAUGGUUAGGCGGGGGAAGGUUAGGCUCUUGUAGAUGCGUCUCGGCCGUUUCUGUAACAGCUGAACGGUCUCCAGUUUGUGCAGAUGCUAUCCUGGACAUCCAAGAUCUGCAAGGAAAACAGCCGGGAGGAUGCCUUGUUUUGCAAGGGUGCGAUGAACUUGCUCUUCAGCCUCCACGUGGCGCAUAAGAGCCCUGUCGCCCUGCUGCGUGACCUGUCCCAGGACAUCCACGGGCACCUUGGGGACAUAGACGAGGAUGUCGAGGUGGAGAAAACAAACCACUAUGCGGUGGUGAAUUUGCGAACAGCGGCCCCUACCGUCUGUCUGCUGGUUCUGAGUCAGGCCGAGAAGGUCCUGGAAGAAGUGGACUGGCUGAUCACCAAGCUUAAGGGACAAGUGAGCCAAGAAACCGUGUCAGGUGAGACGAGUUCAGGGUGGUGUGCCAGGAGUCGGGAGGGGAGCAGCGUCCACCAGGGUCCAGCCUGGACCACCGCCUGAGCUGUGUGUGUGAGCGAGGUCUCCCGGGGCUGCACGGUGGCUUCUGACAGCGGGUGUCCCUUCACUGUGCGUGGCGAGUCACAUGCUCAUUUCCCCGCAGACCUCCUAGUUAACGGUGUCGAUUUCUGAGGCUCCUUCAC